AUGUCAAACAUCCGCAACGCAUCCUCACUCUCACUCGCCUAUGUCGUCUUUGUCAGGCAGAGAUCGGCUUGUUACGCGACUUACCCUACGCUUCGUCCGUCGCAACUGAACCCAUCAUCCCAGACGACUGAGACAUCGUCUGUUUUGAAGAUCGUCCUCUCAUUGAAACUGCCAAUCUCUCUCCAUCCCUCCACUAAGAGCGAUGUUGCACUACUCAUGACAGACACAAAAGUGAGGGUAGCUCUCAAGACACAUCAACAUGGAAUGGCAGUCACACGCGAAGUACCUUCAAACGGCGAAUCAAAGCAAUCAAAACUGCCAGAGACGGUUCUGCGUUUAUUGCCGCCACGUUUACUCGAGGACGUUUUGCCCCCAGACAAGGAAUACACUGGGACCGUACAAUGA